AUGACGUGGAGCGAAAAGACGGAUUACUGUAGAAUCAAAUCGAGCGAUUUGAGAACGUGCGAGACAUGUGUUGGAAGGGGAACGGACUGUUUUUGGUGUGGCGGGAAAACGAAAGAAUGCCUUCCAUUUGAUUGGUACUACCCUGGAUGUAACAUCAAGCAUGUCAAAUACAACGUUUGCUGGGUGAGCACAUCAGCGGUUGCCAUUGUAAUUGCAGUCUGCGCUGGAAUAAUUGGAGUCCUGCUGAUCGCUGGAGUGUGCUAUUGUUGCUGUAGAUGGAAGGAAUACAAUCGAAUCCAUAAAAUGGCAAAAGCCAAAAAGUGGAAUGACAAGCAAGAAGCGGCCCGUGCUGAAAUGGCCGAACGUCACUCGAUCAGAUCGAAUCAAAGAAGGGCCGAGCUUGAGGCCUACCGAAUGAAAUACGGAAUCUCGCCAAAAGAGAGUACGACAGAAAAGCCGAAAGUUUAA